AUGUCAGCCGUAGUCAACACCACUCCUCAGCCCCAUAGUCAGAAGCGGAAAGGCGGGCGCGCACCAUUACCAGAGGUCGAAGAGAACUUUACGCGACUGCCACCAGGACCGGGCGACAGGACAGAACGCGCAGUAUGCAAGCACUGCCAGAAAGAACGUAGUUGGCACACGACCGAGCUAGUCAAGCAUCUCGACAAGUGCGUCCAGUACACGCCCUCCAAACGCCAAAAGUACACACGGCCAUGGCGCAUUGAAAGACCUGGCGACGCUCGCUCACCCAACACGCCGCAAUCGCAACAACCGUCUCCACAGCAAUUGCACUUUGAUCCUUCCAACCGAAAUGUGCCAGUUGCUUCCAAUGGCGUGUUUCAAUGGNNGGAGGGUACCAUGGUCGCUGGACGCCCAAUGACUAGUAACAAUACCAACCCGAGGCCAGCAGAGAAUCACCAUCAAGUAGAUAGCCUCCAAGAUGGCGACCAGCAACCACAACAGCAGCGUCCGCAACAACAACAACCAACCCAGCACAUCAUGCAUACUCCCUCACAGUCUCUUGGUGGAAACACAGACUACACAAACGCAGACACGCCCAACUUUGCUCCACGACCCAACCAACAACCACAACCCCCCGCGACCAGACCAUCUGCAUAUCCACCUCCCGUCAACGACCCCGACCAACGACUGCAUAGCUUCAUAGAAUACGAGCGAGGGGCAAUGGCAUGGCAAAACCGACCUGAGGAUCUGGAUGCCAUUGAAGCAUGGUUACAACAUCACAGAGUCGACAUUGAGGACAUCAAGGAGAUUACAGACACGAGAUGGGCCGAUUCUUGGCAAUUGAAGCUGGGAGAUCUGUACAGGAUUAAGAGGGAUGUACAGACCUUCAAGGUGUUUGCUACACGUUAG